AAAGGUAUUGGAAAAACCAAACUCAAGUCCAAUUCUUGGCUCACAUUUGGUAACUCUGAUUAUUGCUGACUUAGGCAUCGGAGUAUCUACCCCGAGGACCCACCUCGGGGCUUUGCAGGUCGGCCGAAGUAAGCGAACAGGAUCCCGAAAUGCCCAAGCACUUGCAACUACAUUGGCGCCGUCUGUGGGAAACGAGCUAAAAGCUUUCAUUAGCGGCUGUCGCAAUGGUGAACACACACUCAGCACAACACGGAAGCCCUAAACAAGGGCGUGGCAGAGGUCAACUCCCCAGCGGGAACCCUGCAUCUCAUACCGUCCCACCCCUUACAACCCAACCUCAGCAUAUAGAGGGAACUGGUGAGAACAACCCAAAUUCAACAGGAAACCUAAACCCCAUAGCCGCCCAACUUAAUGUCAUACAGCAGCAGUUCGGCGUGUUUCAACUUGUGCUCGUGCAACUGUUAGCCAGGGAUAAUCCAGGCGACCCCCUCAUUGCCCUGCUCAAUCCCACCAACCAAAUGCCUACCCAACGGCCUCAACACGUAACCUCACCCGUCCGAACCGCCACUCUGCCUCGCAACGACUCUCCAGCCCACUCACACAUGGCACCUCUACCUCAGCCGCCACCUCAACCGGUCGCCUCAGACCUCCCCAGAGGGAACUUCGAAAAAGUGCUACCCGAGAACCGAACUCCACAAACUCCGACCCUCCCGAGUUCAGCCCCGAUUCCCACCCCCCUCAAUCCCAGCAUUCUCCAGGAGUCGUACCCGUCAGGGUUCCGAAUGCCACACUUUGAAACAUACGAUGGCACUAAGGACCCCGAUGACCAUUUGCAUGCCUUUUGCUCCAUUAUGCAGGCUCAGAACGCCUCAGAUGCCUUGAUGUGCAAGAUAUUUCCUUCUACAUUGCGAGGAAACGCUCGGACCUGGUACUAUAGCUUGCAGCCGAGCUCGGUCAGUUCCUAUGCCGAACUGGCCGCGUUCUUCGCAACCAAGUUCUCCAGUCGUCGAUUAAUUAAGAAGACGACCUCCGAGCUCAUGCGGGUGGCCCAGAGGAAAGGCGAAUCCUUUAAAAAUUAUAUGAAUAGAUUCAACGACGCAGUGCUCGAGAUCAGCUCUUUCAAUCAUGGUGUGGGGUUGGCCGCAUUGACUGCAGGCCUCAAGCAUGACAGAUUCCGGGAUAGCCUGAUCAAGCAUGCACCUACCACCUUUGAUGAGGCCAACGAAAGGUCAUGGAAAUUUAUUCAAGCGGAGGAAUAUGCGUUGUCCGGCAAAGCAACUCCGAGUAAAGAGGUCAGACCUCCGACCUGGAGAGAAGAAGGGCAGAGCAAGAAGAGAUUUAAACCUGUACAGAAUCGAGGUCCACUCCAGCCCAGGACAGACAGACCCCCAACUGUAACUCAACCUAUGUCUAAGCAAAUCACCUGGACUCCAUUUAUACUGCCAAGGUCGCAGAUUUUAAUGCAAAUCAAAAACAAAAUGGAACUCAGAAGGCCCCUGCCUAUGCGGAGUCCUCCUACCACCCGAGAUCAUAGCAAGUACUGCGACUUCCACCAGGACCACGGCCAUACCACGGAGGAAUGUCAAAGCCUGAAGUCAAAACUGGAGGGUUUAGCGCGGAAAGGCAUGCUCAAUGAAUACGUCUCUAAAGGGGAUCAACCUAGAUUCGUUCGAGAACAAGGACGGCCUCAGGCACCUCGGGAGGCAAGCAACAGGGUCGGCGUUGGCUACCAACAAACGCCACCCCCACUCCCCCCACCCUCACGUAUCAUUCAUAUGAUCACAGGGGGGUUAGAAGCUGGCGGAAUGAGCUUAAAACAGCAGAAGUUGUAUGUUCGGGAAGUCAAACAUCAGAACCGGGUUCAGAAGAGAAAAUUCGAUGAGACAGAUUGGAGAAACCAACCCAUAACUUUCAGCGCAGUUGACUUUGACGGUGUUAUUACCCCCCACAAUGAUCCACUUGUCACCUCGGUCAUUGUUAACAGCUGUGAAGUCCACCGCGUCCUUGUUGACACGGGAAGCGCCCCGGACAUAAUGUACUAUCAUUGUUUCGAAAGCCUAGGUCUCGACCCAGCUCUCCUGCAGAAAUAUGACGGUCCUAUCUACGGCUUCAACAAUCAACCAGUCCCUGUGGAAGGUGUCCUCACGCUCAAGGUAGCCUUCGGUUCAGGUCGGACAUAUGUUACUCCGUCAGUUCGGUUUUUGGUCGUAAAGAUGGCAUCCUCUUUCAACAUCGUCAUCAGGCGGCCAACUUUGACAGAAAUCCGAGCUGUCGUUUCGCAGUCCCACCUAUGCAUGAAAUUCCCCACCCCUAUGGGAGUAGCAACUCUGAGGGGCAAUCAAGAAGUAGCUCGGCAUUGCUAUAUGACCUCGGUCACUUUACCUCAGAGGGAUAAGCUAAUAACGCCAGCUCCAAUUCAGGCAGAGAUACCAUCCACCCAGCAGGUAAUGGGUAUAGAGCUGCCAGACUAUAGACCUAACGACGACGCCAGAGCAACCCCAGUAGAAGAGGUGGAAGAAAUACAGCUUGACCCCAAUGACCCUACUAGAAAAACACAGAUUGGCAUUAAACUCAAGCCGGAAGAGAAGGGAGAACUCAUUGAUUUCCUGAAGUCGAACAGGGACGUCUUCGCCUGGACCUCGGCCGACAUGCCUGGCAUACCAGCCUCGGUUGCAGUCCACAAGCUCGGCACUAACCCUAUAGAAGCAUUGGAGGUCAGUACUGACCCCGAAACUCCGAGCUGGACUGACCCCAUCAAAGCCUACCUACAGGAUGGAACUGUCCCACCCGAUAAGCAAGAGGAGCUGAAGCUACGAAGAAAAGCGUCAAGAUACACCUUGCUUGAUGGCAUUCUGUAUAAAAGGUCCUACUCACUUCCCCUUCUCCGCUGUUUAACCCCCUAUGAGGCUGAGUAUGCUCUCCGCGAAGUACACGAGGGUGUAUGUGGAAGCCAUGUCAGAGCUCGGACUUUGGCCCAUAAGGUACUUCGUCAAGGGUACUACUGGCCUAACAUGCAGGAGGAUGCUGCGCGGUUUGUGCAGAAGUGCCAGAAGUGUCAAUUUUUUGCACACCUGACCCACCAGCCAGCAGAAGAACUCAGAAACUUAGUGGCACCAUGGCCUUUUGCCCAAUGGGGGCUUGAUCUGCUCGGUCCUUUUGUCAAAGGUGUGGGGGGAGUAACACAUCUGGUCGUGGCAGUCGACUAUUUCACGAAAUGGGUCGAAGCACGACCCCUGUCCAGUCUGACCUCAAGAAGGAUUGAAGAUUUUGUCUUCAGUGCAAUCAUUUGCCGAUACGGCAUACCGAAUCAAAUUGUCACUGACAAUGGGCCUCAGUUCAAUUGCACCUCCUUUAGGGACUUCUACUACAACUAUGGAAUUAAAUUACUGUUCACUUCGGUUUAUCACCCUGAGACUAAUGGAAUGGUCGAAUCAAUGAACAAAACUAUUCUAGAAGGGCUUAAGCCGAGGUUGGACCAGCUCAAAGCCAAAUGGGCAGACGAGCUCAACAACGUCUUGUGGGCCUACCGAACUACAACCAGAACGGCUACAGGUAUGCUAAUGACCUCUAGUCAUACCGACGUCCUAGAACUCACUUUUUUACCAAUUUCGUAAACCACAACUCUUUUCAAUGAACUAGGCGAAACGCC